AUGUCGAAACAGGCACAACGCACCGCACACAGCCCCAUUGAGCAUCAACGUCAAUCGCCACCUAUCUUCCUAAUUCAGUCGAAGGUUCGAAUUCUCAAAGCAAUCAAUUUUUGGUUUUUCCUACUUCAUCAUCUUCAAUCUUCUCCCACCGGACACAUCUUCCACUUCAACGGCAGGUACAGUACAACUGAUCUUGCUUUGGCACAAUGGAAACUCAUCCAAUAUUUAGCCGUCUACAAAGGGUUCAAAGAUUAUAAAUUCCAUUUUCUCCCCUCUCCUUGCGUACCAAAGCCUCCCGUUUCCAUAAAUAAAAACCCUAAUUUCCUCCCUGAUCGCACACAUUCUUCACAGGGAGGGUUACUUGAGCAUCAUGGGACAUGGGGGAUAAACUUGUUGCUAAAGGAUUAUUUUCCCUCAUUCACUAAGAUCUACAACCCUGACAUGAUGCUUGAAGAAGUCUAG